AUUUGGAGGUUUUGUACUUAAGGCAGCACUAAAACAACUCAGUUUGGAGUAAAUUUGACACAAUUUUAACAAUUAUGUGCCGAUAUGUUGUAGACUUUGCUGCAAUGAAAGUUGAACUAUGUCGUUAAAUAGGAAUUACAUGUAAUGUAAAUUAUGCUACUUUACUGGAUUAUAAUAGUCCCAGUCUUAGGCACAGCGUUAUGGAAGACAAAUAAUAUAGCCAAGAGUUUGAUAAAGUACUCAAUUUUUAUUUGCUAUUGCUUCCUUACAACUCUUUUAAUACCACUUUGGUUGUUCAGACCGAGAGAUCCUCGAAAUCCGCUGUUGCCCUCAGCAGGAUUUAGAGCCCUCUGCAAGAUUUUAGAACUAGAAUGUACGAUAGAAGGCGAAGAGAACAUCGUCCGAAAUAGCGGAUGCGUGGUUCUGAUAAACCAUCAAAGUAUAAUAGAUAUGAUAGUUUUGUCGUACUUAUGGCCUACGCUUCCAAAAUGCACCGUGAUAUCUAAAAAAGAGAUGCUUUAUUACCAACCCAUAGGAUUGGCGUUUUGGCUAUGCGGUGUCAUAUUUAUAGAUAGGAAUAAAUCGAGUGAUGCCCAAAAUGCUAUUAACAAAACAGGAGAAACUAUCAAAACAAGGAAGGCGAGGGUGCUAAUGUUCCCAGAAGGUACAAGGAAUCUUGGUCCUAAGUUGAUUCCUUUCAAAAAAGGAGCCUUUCAUUUGGCUGUUGCCUCUCAAUGCCCAAUUCAACCGAUCGCCGUUUCCAGAUAUACUUUUUUGGGCCCAAAUAAAUUCGAAGCAGGUCGAAUAAGGAUCAGAAUCUUACCAGCUAUCCAAACUGAAGGGUGUACAACUAAAGAUGUUGAUAGAUUAAAAGAGGAUAUUUACCAAAUAAUGUCGGAAAACGUAGAUGAAUUAUCUAAAUCGAUAGACCCAAAUAGAACUGUUUAAUAAUAAUUUUUUAUAGAUUUUUUUGUACUUAACGUUGUACUUGAUAUUAUAACUUGUAAAAAAACGAGAAUUACUCUCACUAAUAUUUUUCAUAUAUCUUGGCUAUUUGCAUCAGUAAUUACAUUUUUUGUGAUGCUGUUGAGUAAUU